AAAGCGGCUCCACUUCCGCCUGUGGUCCUGCAGUCGUGGUCCUGCAGCCGCGGUCCCGCAGCCCCGGUCCCGCCGCUCCCGCCGCUCCCGCCAUGGCGCAGUGCCGCCUCACCGACUUCUUCGCGCGCCGCCGUCCUGGGCUCCGGGCCAAGCCGACGCGCACCAAGCCGGCCUGGCGCACCCCGAGUCCCGCCAAGCCCGCGCCCCGCGCCCCGGCCCCCGGCCCCGGCAGCAGCCGCAAGCGCGCCCGCUCGCCCGCCGAGCCCACGCGCGCCGAGCCUGCACCGCCCGCGCGCAGGAGGCUGCGGCUGCCGGCCAACGCGGUCUCUGGCCCUAGUUCUCCAGCUGCGGCUGGCUCCCCAGAGCACUCUUCUCCCCAAAGCAAGAAGACAAAGAAGGCCCCCCUCUCAGCCAGCCAGCGACCUUGCCUGGCAGCCCAGGAGGGCGAGGACAAGGUCCCUUCCAAAGUCACUCUGUCUGAGCUCACGUCGUGCCUGCAGCGGGCACAGGAGCUGGGGGCACGGGUCCAGGAGCUGAAGGCAAGCGCACAGAAGAAUGCCGGGGAACCCAGCGCGCCGGACGACGAGGGGCACCCAGCCGGGCUGUGUGGUGAGCCGAUGCCUGCCUACCAGCGCUUCCACGCCCUGGCCCAGCCGGGGCCCCCGGGCCUUGUGCUGCCCUACAAGUACCAGGUGCUGGCCGAGAUGUUCCGCAGCAUGGACACCAUCGUGAGCAUGCUCUUCAACCGCUCUGAGACUGUGACCUUCACUAAGGUCAAGCAGGGCGUCCAGGACAUGAUGCACAAGCGCUUUGAGGAGCGCAACGUGGGCCAGAUCAAAACCGUGUACCCUGACUCCUACCGCUUCCGCCAGGAGCACCACAUCCCCACCUUCAAGGAUGGCGUCAGGAGGUCUGAUUACCAGCUCACCAUCGAGCCGCUGCUGGACCAGCAGGCUGGCAGCGCGGCCCCCCGGCUCACGGCGUCGCACCUGUUGCAGCGGCGCCAGGUCUUCACCCAGAAGCUGGUAGCCCGAGUCCGGGAGCAUCACAGGGCAGAUGUGCCCAGGGUCAGCUGGUGCCCCCUUCCCACACAGGCCUUCCUGGCCUCCCUGAAGCCCCCCGUGGAGGUGCCCGAGGACCAGCUGACACGCUGGCAUCCCCGCUUCAAUGUGGACGCAGUGCCUGACGUCGAGCCGGCCGAGCUGCCCCAGCCGCCCACCGUGGAGAAGCCGGCCUCCGCCCAGGAGGUGCUGGCCCGUGCCCGCAGCCUGAUGUCACCCAGGAUGCAGAAGGCUCUGAGUGACCUGGCCCAGCGCACGGCCCAGCCUAGCAGCCCCUGGCCCCCCAGCCCGGCACCGCCAGCGCCCCCGCCGGCCGCCUCGCCUGCCGCUCUGAAGGGGGUGUCCCAGGCCCUGCUGGAGCGGGUCCGGGCCAAGGAGGCGCAGAAGCAGCUGGCGCAGAUGACGCGGCGCCCGGAGCAGGAGCUGCGGCUGCAGCGGCUCGAGCGGCUGCCCGAGCUGGCCCGCGUGCUGCGCAGCAUCUUCGUGUCGGAGCGCAAGCCAGCGCUUACCAUGGAGGUGGCCUGCGCCCGGAUGGUGGGCAGCUACCGCGCAGCCAUGAGCCCCGGGGAGAUGGAGAAGCACGUGCAGCUCCUCUCUGAGCUGCUGCCCAACUGGCUCAGCCUCCACCGCAUCCGCACUGACACCUACGUCAAGCUGGACAAGGCCGCUGACCUGGCAGGUGUCACGGCACAGCUGGCCCGCCUUGCCCGUGCUGAGGAGGCGCUGUGAGCCCGGCGGACAGGUGCCAACACCGCCGGGCCGCCGGGCCUGUGUCUGUCUUACGCUAGGAACACGACGCACUUUGCUUUCCCUGUCCCGAGUCCCCGUGAGGGUCAGGGCUGUGGCUGCUGGGCCGAGGGCUUCUGGCCAGUGUGGUGGAGGCCCCUCUCGUACACAGGGUGCAGGGAGGGUAGUGUGGCUGGCAGCUAACCCUCCCAGGUGUCCACGUGGGAUCCUGAGGUGGUCCUGGAGUAUCUGGGUGGGCUGGGUGUCACACAGGGCCCUCGUGAGAGGCAGGCAGGCACAUACUGAAUCUGAGAUUGGGAUGCCCGGGGCCGAGAGCCAGGGAACAGGCCCCCCCUGGAGCCCACAGAAGGAACCAGCCCUGCCUACCCACACCCUGGUGUUUGUACUUGGCCUCCAGAACUGUAAGAUAAAGUUGUUUCAAAUCCA